AUGCUGCCUUCUUCUCCUCUCUUGAGUCUCUCCUUUGCCGCGCUUCCUCCGGUCCCCUUCCUCGUUGCAUGCGCAUCUGCGGCACUGUUCCGCUCUGCGUUCGCCUCUUUGCCGCUUGAUUUCUUGUUCUUCCGCCUGCCUUCUUCUGCGCACGCGCCGCCCCUGCAAGAGGAGGCUGGGCGACCGCGCGGCAGCGCUGCGGUUUCCACACUCGCUUCGUCUUUCGUGCUCUCCUUUGUCUUCAUCUUCUCGCUCUGCUGCUGCCUGCGCCUCGCCCAGUGGAUCUCUAGUAGGGUGACCCUCCAGAAGCGGGAAGCCCUGCCCGAAGGUCCGGCCUCGAGGCGCGGGGCCAGACGUCGAGAAGGCACUCGCCCCGAAGAAGAAGAGAAAGAAAAGGAAGGAAGGGAGGAGAGCGCCGCCGCGGACAUCCCCCUGCGGGUUGUCGUCGUUCUCGGAUCGGGCGGACACACUGCGGAGAUGCUGCAUCUGGUUCGCGGCUUCAACCCUCGUUUUUUCAAACUCCAUUUCCUCGUCGCGGACUCCGACACAAACAGUCUGCGGCAGCUGACCGCGACCCAGUGGGGUCUCCCCGAGACAGAGGCGCGGAGCGAAGGGGAGAGAAGAAACGCUCCCGACACGAGCGGCGAGGGCAACGAGGCGAGGGCCCUGAAGGAGCUGAUGGAGCAGCGCGGGUUUGGGGUGUUUCGGAUUCCGAGGAGUCGCGACGUUGGUCAGCCCUUUUUCACUUCGAUUUUCUCUUCGUUGCACGCCCUGGGCGUCUCCUUGCGCCUUGUGUGGACUCUAAACCCGCAGCUGGUGCUGGUUAACGGUCCGGGCACGUGUGUCCCCGUGGCCUUCGCCGCCCUCGUCCGCGAGUUCGUCACGGGCACGCGGUUCUCGCUUAUUUUCGUCGAGAGCGCCUGCCGCGUCGAGUCCCUCUCCCUCUCGGGGCGGCUCCUGUACCCCUUCGCCGACCGUGUCUUCGUGCAGUGGGAGUCGCUCGCCAAGAAGUUCCCCAAGAGCGAAUUCCUCGGCUCGCCGCUGUACUGA